GGGUGACGCAAUGGCUGAAGACGAGCAGGUGAUCGAGAUGGCAGCUCUCGGCCGCCCGUUCCAGCUGGGGAUGCUCUACGACUGCCGAAGGGACAACCUCAUCCCAGGCAUUUCAAAUCUUAGAAGAAAAGCAGCUGCGGAUAAGUCCCAAUUAUAUAUGAAAGUCCACCUGUACUCACUUUUUGAAGAGCAAUUUAGGUUCUUAAUGAGGCUUGGCAUGCAAUACGGAUUGUUAAUGUUAGAGGAAGAAGAAAAAACUUACCGAGCCCCUCCGGAAUCCAAACAUCAUGAUGAGGAUCUCUUUGAAGUUUGAUCUUUUGCACCAGAGACUGUACAUUCUGCAGGUUUCCCCCCAGCUUCGUCAGUUCAGAGCGUGUCUGUUUGUUUUUCAAAUCUUUAUAUUUCCCCAAACAGAUGUGUCCGGCUAUGGGGUGGCAUCGCAGGAGUGUCAGUCCGUCCCUUGCUCUGUGACCCAGUGCCCUUGCCGUCUGCCACAUCGGCAAUCUGGGGCAAACCGCGAGACAGUCCGCCCCUGCCUUGGGGAGGCUGCCAGGGCUAAUUACCCCCAUAUCAGCCCUGAAUUAUCGGAAAGGCUGAAGUCCGAUCGUGUGGAAUCCGCCAUUUUCCACCGCAGGAAACAGGAACCCACUGUAUUGUUUUUUAACACUUGAUUGGAAGCCACCCAGUGUGGCUGGGGAAACUCAGCCAGAUGGGCGGGGUAUAAAUAAUAAAUUAUUAUUAUAUUGCUUUCCGUCCUUUCACCCGGCAGUGACUCCCAGCUGCCCCACAGCAUCAUACAGCUGUACUGGCUGGGGCUGACGAGAGCUGUGCACCCAAACAGCUGGAGUGGGCUCUUGAUGGCUAUUAGCCAUGACGGUUAUCACAGAUGGAGGCAGUACUGUGAGAACAGCAUCCUGGACUAGAAGGGUCCAGCAAGACUCUUAUGCUCGUUUACAUCACACUGCCCUCACUCUCCAUUGGACUUCACUUGCCAUCAGUGAUGGGAGCAGGUAGCCAAAACUUGCAUUUGGUCAGCCACCAUAAGGACAGGAUCCUGGACUAGAUGGGCCCCUUUGGCCUGAUCCAGCAGGUGCUCUUCUGAUGUUCUUAUGUUGCAUAAGUCUUUAUUGUCUCCCAGUAGCCAAACCUAGGAAGAUGUGGAUUGUCAUAUUCUUUUGCAACCGCAAUAGAACUGUCUGCAUACACAUUGGCGAAGGGAUUGCGCAUAACAGAGCAUACAAUAUUUCACAUGCAAUUCCACAUCCCAUUGCACUGACCUCUUGCUGCGUCUCUGUUCAAUUGCAGGCAUCACUUUGUGGGAUCCAGGGGUGCUGAAGGAGAACAUUGAUGUGCGGCCACAGCCCAACACCGCAACGCAAGUCGUUGAAUACGACAUGAUCUUACACAAAACCCGUGCACUGAAUGUCUCAGGAUCGUUGAAGGCCAGUUUCUUGGCAGGGCUGGUCAAGGUGGACGGAUCAGCCAAAUUUCUCUCGGAUGCCCGGAAGUCCACACGCCAGGCUCGAAUAACCCUCCAGUACUCGGCCACCACACAUUUUGAGCAGCUGACCAUGCACCAUAUGGGGCUGCAACAUAUCACUUACCCAGAGGUCUUCAGCGAAGGGCUGAGCACCCACGUGGUCGUUGGCAUCCUGUAUGGAGCCCACGCCUUCUUUGUGUUUGACCAAAUGUCUUCUUCCUCCGAGAGUGUCCAAGAUAUUCAAGCCGAACUCCAUGUGAUGGUGGCCAAAGUUCCUCUGGUUUGCCAAGGAGAGGCAGAGAACAAGCUGAAAGGUGAGGAAGAGGCUGUGGUUGAAAAAUUCAGCUGUACCUUCCAUGGGGACAUUGCGCUAGAAAGCAACCCAACCAGCUACGAGGAAGCCUUGAAAGUCUAUUCCAGCCUCCCCAAAAUGCUGGGUGACCAAGGGGAGAAGGCAGUGCCUGUGAAGGUCUGGCUGUACCCACUGAACAGGCUGGAGCCCAAGGCUGCAAGGCUCGUGCGUCAGGUCAGCUCUAAGCUGAUCUCUGACGUCGAGGAAGCUCUGGAGCAGCUGGGGGAAGUCGACAGGAGGUGCAACGACCUCCUGAAGGAGCCAACUGCCACCGUCUUCCCAGAAAUCCGGAAGAAAAUCCUGCAGUUCCAAGAGCUGUGCUGGCAGUACAAGCGGGCUUUGGAGAAGCAGAUGGCAGGGCUCUUGCCUGCGAUUCGUGCCGGAGCAGCGCAAGAAAGUGCCUUGGGGGACACUGUGAAGAAGCACCAGCAGUCGGCAUUCAGAAGCCAGUGGCUCCACAAAUUCCUGGAUCUGAAAUUCCGAGAGAUCUAUUACGUCAACUUCUUCCUGGGCUUGUCAAAGGGGAAGGUGUCCUCCCAGGAUGACGUGGUGAAGAGGGUGCUCGAUCACAAAAUUGACAUCGUCCUUGCAUUUACGUUCACCUCAUUGCAAGCGAAGGAGCCCUACUUGGAGAAGUUAAACGCAGCCUUGAAUCAAGUAUCUGAACUCAAGCCAGAGACUUCUGCAGGAGACAAGAGCUUUGCUCCGUGGUUUGAGGACGAAGACCUAUUAAAGAGAGUCCAGAAGACGGCCAUGGUCUUUGCAGAAUACUCUCUGUUUUCUCAACCUGGGGAGUCUCAGUUUGUGGUGACCUCGCAGGCCAAUAUGAGUGAUCCAGGUGCUGUGAUCAUCCGAUACCAAAGUGGGUCUCUGGAAGGAACCAAAUUAGACCUUCUCUCUAAACCUCGCCCUCUGCUGGCGGAUGCUGUCUCCUGGGACCGGUUCCAGCUGACAUUUAAGCCGACAGAGUCUGAGAAAGGGGUGAUCUCGGGAUAUUAUGUCCAGCACAGGGUUCAAGGGGAGGAAAAAUGGGUGUUUGCACAUGUAAAAGGCAGUCAGGAAAAGUUUUGGGCCACACGACUGGAGCCAGAAACAAAAUAUGAAUUUAGAUAUGCUGCAGAGACCAAAACAGGCCUCAGUCCGUUCAGUGAUGUGAGCAGAGUGGUGACCACCUGCCAUUCAAGCCCCCCAGGGAAACCAGCCCUGAGGCCUAGAAGUUCCUGCUUCAGCAGACGACUCCAGGUCACGUGGGGCAGCCCCAGCUUCGUUGCAGCCGGCAUCGUGAUAAAAGAGUACAAGGUGCAGCUCAGGAGAAGAGCAGACGGCACAUGGAAAGAGCAGAGAACAGGAGAGAAAGUUGAGAGCUGUUGGCUCCCCAAACGUUCUCUGAAGAAGGUGGCCGCUGUUCGGGUCAUUGCAGUUUACGGAGACGGGUUUGAGAGCAAGCCCAGUGAGGAGCUGGUCCAAGGGGAGUUUUAGAUGGGACCCAUCUUUGGGUGGGAGAUCCCCCUUGUGCUGCCUUCCUCCAGUGCAUGCCAUCCUUUCCUGAUGUAGUAGGAAAGUUACGCUGUUAUAUGCAUUGAUGGAUAGCCCAAGAUGUCAAGGCAGUCAAAGUGGUGGAAGGUGGUGGACUCUCCGUCCUUGGAGGUCUCCAAGCUGAGGCCGGAUGGCCAUUAGGAUGCUUUAGUUGAGAUUCCUGGUCUCUAUAGUAUAGCGUAUUUUAAAAUGGGGUUUUAGA